UCAUUUUUUGGCUGUUUUUUUGUUUAUAUUUGAGGUAAAUUAUCUUAUUAUUUGUUGAAAGCUGAAAUCUAUAUUUCUUUGAUAUUUGAAUGCUGUUCUCAUAUCGUCUGGGCAUUUUUUUUGUACUUUAAAGAAAGGCACUUUUGAAUGGCUUGGAUGGACACCCUGUUCAUGAAUAAAACUGAUGUGGACAAUGUGCUACUCUGCUUCCCAAACCAGCUUGACUCCUGCCCCAGACUGCAACGCUUCUCUGUGCUCAAAGGGGCCAUGUAUGGUUUUAUGCUGGUUGCUAUCCUCAUGACUGUCUUCGGAAACCUGCUUGUCAUCUUUUCAAUUUCUCACUUCAAGCAGCUGCAGUCUCCAACCAACUUCAUCAUCCUCUCCAUGGCCUUGGUGGACUGUUUGUUGGGUUGCCUGGUCAUGCCCUUCAGUAUGGUGCGAUGGGUGGAAGGCUGCUGGUUCUUAGGGGAUUUCUUUUGUCAGAUACACUCAAGUUUAGACAUGACCCUCAGUAUUGCCUCCAUUCUGCACCUGUGUCUGGUAUCAGUUGACAGAUACAUGGCCAUUUGUGAUCCUCUGAGUUACAGAAUGAAGGUGACUAACGGCAGUGUUGCCGUGUGGAUUGUUGUCACUUGGUUAUUUUCAUGUUUGUUUAGCUUUGGAAUUGUGUUUUCCAAAGUAAACCUCAUUGGCCUGGAUGAACAAAUGCUAAACUCCUGUGUGGGAAACUGUGUUUUGAUUUUUAAUAAGGAAUGGGGUGUUAUUGCACCACUUCUGAACUUUUAUAUUCCAGGAACUAUAAUGAGCUGCCUUUACCUUAAAAUCUUUCAUGUUGCAAGAAAACAAGCAAAGAUGAUAUCUGACAGAACUGCGGUGGGGCUGGCUGGUGAGAAAAACCAAGUGUCAGAACAGAGGGAGAGAAAGGCAGCCAAAACCCUGGGCAUCGUUAUGGGGGUCUUUCUGCUGUGCUGGCUGCCGUUUUUCCUCACCACUGUAAUUGAUCCCUUCCUUGGUUUCUCAACUCCUGUUGAUGUUUUUGAUGCUUUGAUUUGGUUUGGGUAUUUUAAUUCCAUGUUUAAUCCACUCAUCUAUGGGUUUUUCUAUCCUCGCUUUCAGAAAGCAUUUAGAAUUAUUAUAUUAAGGUAUGUUUGCCGCUUUACGAACUCAAGCAACUUAGUACUUCAGUAAUUCUGUAAAGGCAAACAUAUAUAUUUUAUGUAUAAAGGUCAUGGAAUACUUAAUACCUAAUCUUGCUGUGUUGUUCUUGUAUUCAAAUAUCUGUGUGCAAAUGCUCAAUGAACAUAAGGAACCAGUAAGAUGCCAGACUGUACAUCUGAUGCAAAGAGGUUAAAAGAGUUUGUGGGAAAAAAAGGCAGCAUUUAUGUGUAACUACCACAAGUAGUAAAAAGCUGCUGAGGUUAAAACCAUAAAUAAAUAUUGUUAGAACCCAUAAUUUAAGUUGUUAGACCCUGUACAUAAACCCCCAUAGUUCUUAACUCUUACAACUGUAUUAUUUUCAUAGUUAACAUCAGUUGCAUAGGCCCAAAAAUAGUGCCCUGUGGGGUUCCACAGAUAUUCUAAACCAAAUAGUUUAACCAAAAAAUUCAUAAUAGAUUCUGCAUCAGGUUUACCAUUGUAAUAAUAUACCUAUUGUUCAACUGUCUCUCCACACUGUAUCUGCCUGUGAUGGAAGUGCAUGGUGCUAUGUGAUAUUAUUGGAAAAUUAAAAUCAGCUGGGCCAGAGGAUAACACUACUGUUCACACAUAGAAGACCAUGACAAAAUCUUGGUAUACUGUAUUCUACAGAACAAGAAAGUCCCCAUUACUGGAAAGCCAGGGUGAUAUUUUAGCUUGAAAAUGCAUUCACGUAUGGAACCCUUUUCUGUG